GCGGCCCGGCCCCGCCCGGUUCUUCCGCCGCGCGGCGGCCGCGCCGAUGGCGGUGAACUACGCGGCCGGGCUGUCCCCGUACUCGGACAAGGGCAAGUGCGGCCUCCCCGAGAUUUUUGACCCUCCGGAGGAGCUGGAGCGGAAGGUGCAGGAGCUGGCAGAGCUGAUCCGGAGCUCCUCCCAUGUGGUGUUCCACACGGGGGCAGGGAUCAGCACGGCCUCGGGCAUCCCUGACUUCAGGGGCCCCAAUGGUGUCUGGACUAUGGAAGAGAAAGGGCUCUCCCCAAAAUUCGACACCACCUUCGAGAAUGCCAGGCCCUCCAAGACUCACAUGGCGCUGCUGGGGCUGCAGAGAGUGGGAAUCCUGAAAUUCCUGGUCAGCCAGAACGUGGACGGCCUGCACGUGCGGUCAGGAUUUCCACGGGACAAGUUGGCCGAGCUCCACGGGAACAUGUUUGUGGAAGAGUGCGUGAAAUGUGGGAAGCAGUACGUGCGCGACGCCGUCGUGGGCAGCAUGGGGCUCAAGCCCACCGGCCGCCUCUGCAGCGUCACCAAGGCCCGGGGGCUGCGGGCCUGCAGAGGGAAGUUACGAGACACUAUUCUGGAUUGGGAAGAUUCCCUGCCCGACCGUGACCUGACGCUGGCAGAUGAAGCCUGCAGGAAAGCUGAUCUCUCCAUCACCCUGGGGACCUCUCUGCAGAUCAAACCCAGCGGGAACCUCCCACUGAUCACCAAGAAGAGAGGAGGGAAGCUGGUCAUUGUCAACCUCCAAGCAACCAAACACGUGGCCUCUCUUAGCAGUCAAACAGGCUGGGAGUCCUGGGUUGGAGGGUUUAAACCUGCAACUCCUGCUAAACACGUAGAGAUGGCAGGACCGCCAGGCCGACCUGCGCAUCCACGGCUACGUGGACGAGGUGAUGACCAAGCUGAUGAAGCACCUGGGGCUGGAGGUGCCCGAGUGGACGGGGCCGGUGGUGGUGGAGAGCGCCGAGCUGGCCAAGGGCGAGCAGCUGCAGGGGCGGCUGAAGGAGGAGUCCCUGGGCCAGCACAACGGCACGGGAGCGCCGAGUGCCGGGAAGGCGCCGCUGGAGCGCCGUGAUGGGCUCAAGCAGGAGUGUCCCAGCCCGGACACGGGGCCAACGCCGGUGAAGAAGAUGAAGGUGGAGCCUCUCCUCACCUGACCUGGACUGUCCCUGUCUCACCUGGGCUGCUUUUCCUACCGACUUUUUUUUAUACCCUUAAAUAUUGUCCCUUUUUUUAUGUCAGUAUUAAACAUACUUGAAUUGUG